UAGCUCUACACAAGCCAGUGUUACCAGCGAACAUUGAAGAUUCCAUGAACCGGCUUUUUCCUGCUUUACUGCAAGGGGCAGGCUCCACUAGCAGCUACACCUUUUUUCUCCCUUCCAUGAGUAUAUAUAGUGAUCUUACCAUCAAAAGAAGCCGGAUCCAUGUGUCACACUGAUUGUGGGUGAAAUACAGACUGCCUAUAGGAGACUGCUGAAAAAAAUCCAGUGAUUUACACUGCAAAGUAUCAAGACUUUGUAUUGCACAGCAGGAAUUAAUUAAUUGCCUGUGCAUAAAAACGAGCAUAUUAUCCUAGUGCAGGUAUCACUGCUCUGAACCCUGUGAGUGGAUGUGGAAAGCUAAACCUGUGGUCACUGGAAAUAGCAUACAGAAGAUGAGCUGUGGGAAAGGCUGAUCUAAAUCAGCUUACUUUGUGUAUUAAUCAGUAAUUCCCAUCUACAAGCGAGCUGAGUGAGUGCUCCUAGCUGUCAUUUUGUGGAAGCAGAAAACUGUUACAGUUGCUUGGAAAAAGAAGAGAUUUCACUCUCAACGUUCCAUUCCGCCCAGGCAAGAUAUCCAGCAAUUUGCCAAUAUGAUGCAAAUAUCAGAUAGUUACAAUCAAAAGAACUCUUUGUUCAAUGCCAUGAACAGGUUUAUUGGGGCGGUCAACAAUAUGGACCAGACAGUGAUGGUGCCCAGCUUGCUGAGGGACGUCCAUCUGGAGAUGGAGGAGAAGGAAGAGGUCCUCAACCACAGCAAUGGAGCUGCUAACUACUGCAGCAGGAGAGACAUGCACGGCUACUACAUCCUGCUGAAAUCCAUCAGAAAUGACAUUGAAUGGGGGGUCAUCCAGGGAGAGGACAGGAAAAAGGACAAGCUGACCAACAUGGACAUUGCCAGGCUGGAAGAUGCAGACAGAGAAGAAGACCUGGAGAAGCAGUUCCACUACCACCUCAGUGGACUUCACACUGUCCUUAGCAAACUGACCAGGAAAGCUAAUGUCCUCACUAACAGAUAUAAAGAGGAGAUUGGAUUUGGAAGCUGGGGACAUUGACAUCUCAGACUGUACUAAUCAUUAUUAUUUUAUUGUUUUAUUUUUUUAUUUUUUGGAGGAAUGGGAAGUAGAUUUUUUUUAAUUUUAUUAUUAUUUCUUUGUCCAUGCUCCCUGUUUGUUUGCUUUGGGUGUGCCAUAGGGUGAAGGUGGGGAUAGUAACAGCGUGGCUAGGAGAUCAUGUCAGAGUAAGAGGAUUUGAAAUCUGUUUAAACCCUUUUUUCCGCUUUUAAACGCACAGAGAUGGUUAGGAGGAGAGGGGGAGGAUUGAAAAUACUGUAUGACAGCAACACAAUUUCCCUUACACUCCUCCAGAGUUUGUCAUUGUUAGGAUAUGCUUGUGCAGUGACUAAGAGUCCCUGCACCUUGCACACUGGUUAACCUUUUCGCUGACAAGGAGCCAGCACUGUAGAAGGACAAUGAAUAGAAUUAGAUUUGGAGGAUUAUUUUUCCAGCCUGCAGAAGUAUAGCCUUUGUCUUCCUUCUUGCUAGGCUCUGUCAGCCAUGCUUGCUUUCUGCAAUGUUUUAUUGGAGGAGGCAUUGAAAGGAUUAACAAUGCUUACAAAUAAUAACAGAUGCACCAUGCUUCAAUCUUUAGCCAAAGCUAAUGAGGUCAGAUCUGGCCCUUUUAGGAGGUAAAGCAUAGGCUUUUAAAUUUCUGGGGUGUCUGAAUUAAGGGGAUCUCAUGGGAUUGGGAGCACAGAUGUAGGGUGUGGUGGGAGACAUCCUGCUGAAAAUUGCAUUGGGCAGCCUUUCCUGUUUUGCACUAAUUUGUAUUUUUGUAACUAAAAACGUUGUAAAUAUGUAAAGCUUACUUUGCACUUGUCUUAGCCUUGCUUUGUAUGUAUGUUGCAAAAAGCCUCCAGACAGUGCUAGCUUCUGGAAGUGCAGCUUAACAUGUCUCUUUGUGUUUAAUCCAAGGCAGGAAUUAAAUAUUGUCUUGAGAUUGAGGCAGUUUAUUAGCCAAUGAUAACAGGACUUUCAUUGCUUCUAACCAUUUUGGAACUGAAUGAUGCAUCUAAGCAAAUGUUUCAUUUAGAUGUUGAAAGGUUCCUGUUGUAUGCAAAUGAAAUGAGAAAAAAAAAAGUACAGCUUUUUUUUUUAAUGUUGAUGUAUAUUUUAUUUUAAUAAAUCACAUAAAAUGUGUAUAAACUGAAAAAA